AAAAGGAACACAAAAUUAAGCCAAUAUCGGGACCAAGCAGAAGGAAUUCUACAAAAGAAGGAAGCUGAACGGGUAGCAGGAAAAAGGAAACGGAGCGAAUCGGAUCCAAAGAUGCCCAGUUCUGUGACAGUGAAGCGCAUAACGAACACGUCUCCGACCGAACAUUGUCAGUUGCAGUUGCAGUACCAGUUCCAGCCCCAGUUGAAGUACCAGUUGCAGUACCAGCUCCACUACAGGUUCCGGCUCGAAUCAGACACAGCAGGAGCUGCCACUUUGGAUGCUAGUAGUGGAUCGAUAUUGUUGUCGAUAUCCAAAGCCACAGCGACACCGACCUCAGCUGAUGAGCCGAUAAUGGGCCUGCCGCGAAAGAGAAAGAAUACAAGCCAGAAACACAGUGCACAGCCAGUCGAUAGCAAGACGCAAACGGAAACGCAAACGAUAGCGACGAUAACAAACACGAUACUCUGAUAGCAAACUGAACUAUCGAAGCAAGAGCAGAGCAGCAAAGAAGCAGCAAAGGAAAAAGGCAAAGCAAGCGAGAGGAUAGGAUAGGAGUGGAGAGUGAGACCAAUCCGCGAUCGCUAGCCUGCCCCCACAAACCAUGUUAGAUAUAUUUCGUGGAUUGAAAAACCUUGUAAAGGUCAGUCACGUUAAAACCGAUUCGAUAGUAUUCCGCCUGCACUACUCAAUAUCUGUGAUGAUUCUGAUGUCAUUCUCGCUAAUUAUAACCACACGCCAGUAUGUGGGCAACCCCAUCGAUUGUGUACACACCAAAGAUAUUCCAGAGGAUGUGCUCAACACCUACUGCUGGAUCCAGUCAACGUAUACGCUCAAGAGCCUGUUCCUCAAAAAGCAGGGCAUCUCCGUGCCCUACCCGGGCAUUGGCAACUCCGAUGGCGAUGCGUCCGAUAAAAAGCAUUACAAAUACUAUCAGUGGGUGUGCUUUUGCCUAUUCUUUCAGGCAAUCUUAUUUUAUACACCAAGAUGGCUGUGGAAAUCUUGGGAAGGUGGCAAGAUUCAUGCGCUCAUCAUGGACUUAGACAUAGGCAUUUGUUCCGAAGCCGAGAAAAAACAAAAAAAGAAAUUACUUUUAGAUUAUUUGUGGGAAAAUUUAAGAUAUCACAAUUGGUGGGCGUACAGAUAUUACGUGUGUGAGCUGCUCGCCCUUAUAAAUGUGAUAGGUCAAAUGUUUCUUAUGAAUCGAUUUUUCGAUGGCGAAUUUAUGACAUUUGGCCUGGAUGUGAUAGAUUAUAUGGAGACCGAUCAAGAAGACCGCAUGGAUCCUAUGAUUUACAUUUUUCCCAGAAUGACCAAAUGUACAUUUUUUAAAUAUGGUUCAAGUGGGGAGGUGGAGAAACACGACGCCAUUUGCAUUUUACCAUUAAAUGUUGUUAAUGAGAAGAUUUACAUUUUCCUUUGGUUUUGGUUUAUCUUAUUAACGUUUCUCACAAUGUUAACGCUAAUAUACAGGGUGGUUAUUAUAUUCUCGCCUCGAAUGAGGGUCUACUUAUUUCGUAUGCGAUUUAGGUUAGUGCGUCGUGACGCUAUUGAAAUAAUCGUUCGUCGUUCGAAGAUGGGCGAUUGGUUUUUGUUGUAUUUACUAGGUGAAAACAUAGAUACAGUUAUAUUUCGUGAUGUUGUACAGGACUUAGCGAAUCGUUUAGGACAUAACCAACACCACAGGGUGCCUGGAUUGAAAGGUGAAAUACAGGAUGCAUGAUAUUGGGAGUAUUAGAAACAAUACAAAAUGCAAUUUGUCGUCUCCAACUGAAAACCAUCAAAAGUAACU